AUGCUGGAAAAAGAUAAUUGCGAAACCUAUGAGUGUGAUCGCCAAGCAGACCUUGGCUGGCGAACGAUAUCGGAACAGGUAUCCCACCAUCCCCCCAUGUUAGCUCAGUACGCUGAAGGCAGAGACUGGCGUGUUUGGCAAGAAUUCACCAUGACCUCAAAGUUCCGCGGAAAAUAUCUUCAGGUGAUUCCACUGGGUAUUGUUCAUCUUGAAUUUCCCGAGAGUGGUUAUCAUUUCACGUGGAAGAAGGUUACCACAACGGUACACAACAUUAUUGUUGGUAAGCUUUGGGUGGACAAUCAUGGUGACAUGGAAAUCAUUAAUCAUCAAACAAACGACCGAUGUCACGUCAAAUUCCAUCCCUAUUCGUAUUUUUCUAGGGAUUCCGAGCGUAAGGUCACGGGCGUUGUGACCGAUUCGCUGGGUGCAGCUCACUGGAUUCUUCAAGGCAAGUGGGACUCAAAGAUGGAGGUUCUUCGAGUAGUAAAUACAGCCGAUGCAAGAAAUGCUUCGGAAGGCGGCAAGCCUAUUUUGGAGACAACAACACCCAAAGUUAUUUGGAAAAGAGUUAUACCUCCGAGCGAGUACGAAAAAAUGUACAAUUUCACCGUGUUGGCAUGCCAGCUCAAUGAACCGGAAGAUGGUGUUGCACCUACGGAUUCACGAUUCCGACCCGAUCAGCGACUUAUGGAGGAGGGUAACCUCGACGAAGCUAACAUCGUAAAAGUUCAGCUUGAAGAAAAACAGAGACAAGUGCGCCGUCAACGCGAAGCGGAAGCUGAGCGCGCAGCACGCGAGGGUCGUCCGUAUCUACCUUAUGAGCCCGUAUGGUUUAAGAAAGACAAGGAUCCCAUUACUGGAAAUCCUAUCCAUAUCUAUCAGGGUGAAUACUGGAAAGCAAAAGAGACUCAGCAGUGGGAACGCUGUCCCAGCAUCUACCUUGAUUAAAUGACAGCAAUCGGAAGCAGAGUCUGUGGUUUAGUUUUUCCACACAGAGUGAUAUGGAAGUUUGCGAGAAUGUUGCCUUACUGUUUGACGAAAUCAUUAACAGUAAAUCACAUACGCAUGCAAAUAAAUAUACACAUUUAUUUAGCGUUACGUGGAUGCGAGCGUUAGCGACGGAACAAGCGGAUGGGGACGGGCGUGAGAGUGGGCGUUGUUACAGAACUGUGAGAAGCUUUUGUGGUGAUUGUCAUCUUUUUCUUGUGCUCGUCCAUCAAUACAAUCAAACGUCAACGGCGGGACGAACAAUAUUUAAUGCAGAAUGCUAAAGCGUGGUCGACUAGUUGGACAUUUUGUUGAACGAUGGUUGGGCGCGACGCGCAAGACAAACCGUCUAGCCCCAUUACCCCCUCCCCCCCCGCGCAAACUGAGCCUGCGGGUGUCCCCUUUUAUGAGACAGUCCAGAGAACAGAGUCAAACAAAGCGAGAAAGCAAAGGCGAACAUGAGAGAAAAUAUUGAUCAACUCACUAAUUAAUUGGGUGAUUGAUUGAUUGUUAAGCUAAUCGUAAAUUACGGGAAUGUUGUAACGAGUAUCGAAUGUACAACAAUAUUCGAGGAAUAGGCGCAGUGUUGAUAUACAGGAUAAACAAAUUAUUGUAACAACAAUUCUAUAGAAAGCAUCUAAUAUAUUGAGCUAUUCUUAUUAUUAAACUAAUUUGCCGUGA